AUGGAAAAUAUUAUUUUUGAUUUUGAAUUUGAUAAUUUACCAUUAUCAGAGCUGAUAAAGAUAUUCAAUAAUAAAUACCUAGAUUUCAAAACAGCUAUUCCAAUUGAAGACUUGAUAUCACAAUCAAAUAAUUCCCGAAGUAAUUCUCGAGAUAAAGUCCCACGUCCACAAAACUCUUUCAUAUUAUUUAAAAGAAAUCUAUUGUUAUUGAUAAAAAAAUUCAAGGAUGUGUACCCAGAUUUCAAAACAACGACUCAAAUUGAAGCUUUGAUAUCACAAUCGAAUAAUUCUCUAUCACUAUUGAAAGAGUUUAACAUUAAUUCAAAUAAUUCGCAAGAGGCAGCAAAGCUUUGGCAUUUGAUGAAGCCAGAAA